AAUUUUACUUUGAUUAUAAAGUUUAUUGCCUGGGUAUAAAGUGUAUUUCUAAAAAAAUAUCCGGCAAACUUAAACAUGGAUGAAAAAAUCAGUAUCACAAAAUUUUUUGCUGGAAAAAAUAUUUUCAUUACAGGUGGUAGUGGGUUUAUUGGAAAAGUUCUCAUAGAAAAAUUGCUUCGGUCAUGUCCAGAUUUAGGAAAUAUAUAUGUUUUAAUACGGUCAAAAAAAGGAAAGAAUAGCCAAGAAAGACUGGUUGAGCAGAUUGUAAACAGCAAGCUUUUUAAAACUCUAAAAAAAGAAAAUGAGAAAGCACUUGGUAAACUUAUUGCCGUAGAGGGAGAUGUAAUGGAUUUAGACUUAGGUCUUUCCAAAAUCGACAGGCAAACCCUGAUAGACAAUGUCAACAUUAUUUACCACUCAGCAGCAUCGGUCCGUUUUGAUGAUUUCAUGAAAGACUCAAUACUGGUGAACACGAGAAGCACCAGAGAGAUAACUUACUUAGCAAAAGAGUUAAAAAAUUUAGAUGUGUUCAUGCAUGUCUCCACCACAUACAGUCAGUGCGAUAAAUUGGUAAUUGAGGAAGAAAUGUAUCCCCCACCUGGGGAUUGGAAGGAAGCCAUAGAACUGGCGGAAAAUUAUGACAGUGAAUUGUUAAAUAUUCUUACGGAAAAAUACAAAGGGGCACUACCUAAUACCUACACCUUCACCAAAUCACUAGCUGAACACGUUGUGUACGAUUUGUGUAAUAACCAAAUUCCGGCUAUUAUUUUAAGACCCAGCAUAGUAAUCCCUACUUAUUCCGACCCUGUGGCCGGGUGGAUGGACAACUUUUACGGUCCUGUUGGAAUGUGUGUUGCAACAGGAAAAGGCAUUUUAAGAUCUGUUUACACACCCCCUAGCACAAAGACUGAAUACAUUCCAGUGGAUUUGGUUGUCAAAAUUAUGAUUUCUUCGACAUGGGAAAAAGGGGUAGAAAAGGAUUUAUCUCGUAAACUUAAAACUGAAGUGUACAACGCUAGUAAUAAUACUGUCGCCCCUUUAACAUAUAAAGAACUUAUGGAAUGUGGCGCUAAAAUGUAUAAAGAGUGUCCACUGAAUAACGUGAUAUGGUAUCCACAUAAUGAACCAACGGCCUGUUGGUAUAACCAUUUUUACAAACUGUUAUUUUACCAACUAUUACCAGCUUUACUGAUAGAUGGCAUGUUGAGGAUUGCAGGGAAAAAACCUAUAGUUUUUAAACUACACAGAAGAAUUUACAUAGCGAACAUGGCUCUACAGUACUUUUUGAAUUACACCUGGGUUUUUAAGAACAAAAAAACUUUGAACCUUGAAAGAAAAAUAUUACCCGAGGACAUGGUAGCCUUUUCUUCGUACAGAGAGCUGGAUCAAGUUGACAUUUUCGACUUUUUCUGGAAAGUGAAACUGGGCGCGAGAAAAUAUUUGCUAAAUGAAGGAAAAGAAACGUUUGAAGCUGCCAAACGCCAUACCAUGAGAAUGUGGUAUUUAUACAUAGUUUGGAACACAAUAUGGUACCUAACAAUAUUUUACCUGGUGUUCAUCAGAUUUAACAUCAUUGGAUACGCUCAAAUUAAAAUAAUUGAUUGUAUUGAUUAUUUUAAUAAACUUUAAUUUUUUGACAAAUAAAACUUAUUAAAA